UGGUUAGAAGACUAUGGAAAAUCCCAUAAAAUUUUAUCAUGGUUUACUAUGGAGGGGAUUUGCCAAUGGAUAAUUAUGAACUAUAGAGACGUUUCUUCCGAUGUUUUGGCAUGCCAAAAAAAAUGCGUGCUGAUUACAGCUGGAGAAGUCGUGACGUCAGCGCGGUGGAAUAGCAAUGAUUUUCGCUUACCGAAGGGCGGUUGUCUACAUUGAUUUGGCGAUCUUGUCCCGAACUCCAGCUGCGAGAUCUUUCGUGAAUGUUUCUCGAUUUGGAUUUCAUCGGGUCCGGUUGAUAACGGUUGAUAACACCAGAUGAUCUAUUUUGGGCGAAUUAGUUUGAUAUUUUACAGUAAAAGUUGAUUAAUUUCGGCUGUUGUAACUCACAGAGUUGCAAUCAAAGAAUUAGUGGCCAGAGGUCUGAAGCUUGACUUCAUUAAUUUUGAUGUUAAUUUGUCCUCGUUUUUCUAAGUUUUAUUCGUUGUUACUUGUGUCUUUGGCAACACUGAAAGCCAGAAUCUAGCUGACUCUAGCAAGCUGCUGCAAGUCAAACUCCGAGUUGCAGUGCUUGUGGUACCAUAUUGCCAUCGUUUUCGUGUUAUGUUGUAAUCACUGAAUCACAGAGCAGUAGAACAGAUUCCUGGAUAAGACCUUCAACAGAAAUCAAACCCCGCUCUGAUAGCUGGAAUUGCGCAUGUUGUUGUUAGGACUAGGUGCUGUAUUGUGAUUAACUCUUGAGCUUCGUGCGCCUUGUACCUUGUUGUUUGGACGUAAUCGCUUCACGCAAACUAUCCCAGUUGUUUGUUUGGCACCCUUCGACGGAAUUAUUUCUUGUGCAUCGGUUGUCCACGAUGCCUCCUCGAACUAACAGUAAGGAUGAGAGAUCUCCAAGGUCAAAGAAGGCGACGCGGCCGGAGGUGAUCGCAUGGGCAAGCAGAAUUCCGGAAACGCAAGAUGCCCAGGAUAUGGUGGAAACUUUCAGGCGCAGCAAUCUCGCUGCCAAGAUUUCUCCCGAGCAGGAGGCAGCUUCGUCGCGGAGCGUGGAAGCAACUAAACAGUUGUACGAUGAUGGACAGAUCCUGUGUCGUGCGUUACCCCAUGCCAAACAGUUAAUUAUUCCCACAGUCGCUCCUGGGAAAAUUGGUGAUUUUCUCAACGUGGGACGAUUUAUUGAAAUCAUGCAGUAUGUGUACGUGAGGGACAAACCCGGUGGUGACAGGAAAAAGCGGUGUUUUGAUUUAAAUUUUCUAAUCCAAGCUGUAACCAUACCAGAUGGAAAUAUCGGACUAUAUCUCUCCGUGCUGCACUGGUUUGUGCGAGCAUUUAAUGAACUUUCACAAAAGGAAUCUGACAAACUGAGGGUAGCAGAAUACGGUAUUGCACUAUCAUCGCAGUUGGACGAAGAGAACGAUGAGAUAUUGGCAUGUGAAAUUCUGCGGCAGUAUCUGAUUAAGGUUAAACCUAAUCAGAGAACAGCGUUUUCGGAAAAGAUGGAAAAUCUGCUCGAUCGCCUGAAAUUUAUCGAUAUUUCCGAAUGCUCUACUGAUGAUCGUGUCCGUCUUUUAAUUAAUGUCCAUCACACCCUCAUCGAGGACACUCUCUUCUUUAAUGUUUUUUCCGAAAAGAUUGGUCAAGCACGAAAUGAAAUUCGAACGGAGAAGCAGGGACUGGAAGCUUCGAUUGUGGAAAGAAAUCACUCUCUAAAAGAACUGGAAGAACGAUUGAAAGACACAGAACUGAGUGAGCCUGAUAAAGAAAAAAUAUCGGGUAAGUGAGAACCUGUGGGACUAUCAAUCCACAUUU